AUGGCUGACGAGGAAUCGGAGGCUGAGACAAUUCCAGGAGCUUUGGACGAAUCCCUGCCUGCCUCGUCGACUCAACUGGCGAGACGCUCCUUAUGGAAAAAGACAGAAAGUGGCGGAACUGGCACUGGCAAUGGGGGACGGGGCCAGGGCAGCCGAAGGUACCAACGCCUGCAGCCUCACAUGAAGAUGGCCAGUGCACAGACCAUAGAUGUGCCUGCCGAGUGCAAAAGGUCGACCGGACGGGCACAACAAAUUCGGUACAUUCCAGUCGAAGAUUCCAGGGAAGGACUCUCAUACAUGAUGUGCAGCUUCUGCACAACGGACCGCAUUUUUGAGCAGAUCCCAGCCCUCUUGCAGCACAUGCAGGGUGGCGAGUGCCCUCUGGGUCAAAAAGAGCUGAUGGAGCCGACUUGCUUUGGGGAGCCGGCAAGGUCGGGACCAGUUCCUUGGGCAGCUAACUCCCGAGAUGCAUCUCAGAAGGAGGCUGAAGGCCAAUCAGCGCUGUCCGGGCCAAGCCGAGAUGAGGCACCGAGCCAGGGCUUCGCUUUACGCCGAAAGAUGCUGUCAGAGAUGCGCCUGCUGCAGCCUUUUCGCUAUGCCGAGCUGGCGACCGAGCCCGUUGGCCUGCUGAAUCGAUCUGUGCAGGAGCUCUCUAUUCUAGUCCAGGCCGCACGGAACAGGCCCGAAGGAUCUGGGGAACCUGAGGCCAACCUGCGACCGAAGGGGCGUGCUCUGGGAUGUCGGCGAAUGGCCAAGGGCCCGCAGCGGAGCUUCGUCGAAGCUUUGGCUUCCAGGCUGCGCAGUCAGGGCACAUCCAUGAGAUGCCCUUUCACCUUCGCGCAGUAUCGUGCUUACUGUGACGUCGGCGGCUCGCAACCGGCCGCUGAGGCUGAGACUGCACAGGACGCUAACAACAUGCAAAGCUGUUGA